GAGACAAAGAGCCUUCCCCUGGAGAUGGCAUUAAUGCAAAUGGUGUCCAAGCUAAAUCGGCAUGAGAAUGUCUUGGAGCUGUUUGAGUGGUUCGAGAUGUCGGACUGCUACAUUUUGAUCUUGGAGCGACCCAGCCCCUGCACAGACCUCUGGACAUUCCAGGAAAAACACGGUUGUUUGCUGUCAGAACCACUGGCACAACAAUUCAUGCGCCAGGUGGUUCAGGCUGCUCGCCACUGCUGUGACUGUGGUGUCCUGCACCGUGACAUCAAGCCAGAGAAUAUUCUAAUCAACACCGACACGCUGCAGCUGAAGCUGAUAGACUUUGGCUGUGGUGAUUUGCUGCAGGACACCCCCUACAGAUAUUAUGCAGGAACGGAUGCUUACUUCCCACCUGAGUGGUUAUGUGAGGGAGAGUAUUUCGGUGUUCCUGCUACCAUCUGGAGUCUGGGAGUUGUUUUGUUCAUCAUGGUGUGUGGAGACUAUCCUUUCCAGUGCGAAGAAGACAUCAUUAACCGCAACAUGCACUUCCCUGAGGGCCUGUCUGAAGGUUGCCGUGACCUGAUCUUAUGGUGUCUGGCGCGACAUCCUACCUCCCGCCCAACAUUCGAGGAAAUCCUCAGCCACAAGUGGUUUGAGGAACCUCAGAAGAACGUCAAGGUGAGGCAUGGAAUGUAG